AUGGGUCCCCUUGACUUGUGCAAUAUAUCAGAGACCAUCCGCACACAAGGGAUUUGUCCUGUCCUCAAAGUGCGAUGUUCGUAUUGUCAAGGAAUAAAUGUCCUUCGCCCCUCAGAAACCCACAGAUCUGGUACGAGGGGCCCCCCAAUAUUUGACAUGAGUUCGUUAGCAGGUUUAGGAGCAUUACACACUGGCCUGGGUCACACGCAAUAUCAGGGCAUCUUGUCUGUCCUUGGUCUACCCUCAAUGUGCAGUAAAACAUUUAAGGUCCAUGAGCGAGAGAGUGGCAGAGCCAUAGAAAGAACAGCCAAACGAAGCUGUGCAGAAAGCACCAUGAAAGAGAGAGCUUUGUCUGCUAAGAAGGUGGAAACGGAGGAGGACGUCACGGUCAAAAUAGGAGUUUCGUACGACAUGGGAUGGCGAAAGCGAGGACGAAGUUAUGACUCGUCCUCUGGGGUUGGAACAGCGAUAGGAGUGAAAACAGGCAAGGUGCUAAGUUAUUCCACAAGGAAUACUGCGUGUCGCAUCUGCGACGUAGCAGAAAGAGAAGGCAAGCAGGCAUACCGACACGAUUGUAGGCGAAAUCACAAAGGGUCCUCUAAAAGUAUGGAAAGCAACGUCGCUGUUGAACUCUUUAACGAAACGGUCAAGAACGGCGUCUCGUAUUCUUCCUAUAUGGGCGAAGAUGACACCACUACUGAGAGCCGCCUCAAGACGCUGGUCAAUUAUGAGAUCGAAAAGUUUAGUGACAUCAACCACUCAACUAGAACACUAGGGUCAAGAUUAUAUACACAUAAAGGAAAGGUCAAAGGACUAACUCCCACUGUUAUUGUGUACAUCCAGAAAUGCUUUAAAUACUGCGUGAACCAGAACAAGAAUGACCCUAUUUCGCUGUUGGCCGGCCUUAAUGCAAUUGUACCUCACGCUUUUGAAAAUCACCAGGCAUGCUCGACUUGGUGCAAACACAACGCGGACCCUGACAACUACUGCCACACAGACUUACCGGGUGGAAAAGACCUCAGUGGUAAUGAUCUCCGUGUAUGCCUCGAGGAUGCCCUUAGUCCCUUCCUUACUGAGGAAGCGGCCAAAAAGUUGGCUCCAGUAGGUUCGAGCCAACGUAAUGAAUGCCUCAACAGCAUUAUUGGCACAAAGGCACCCAAGACACGACAUUACGGUGACUCCGAGAGUGCCGACUUUAGAACGUCGGCGGGGAUAGCUCAGUUUAACGAGGGUUACUCCUAUAUCACAGCCGCUGGAAAUGAGCUUGGUAUCACAGUGAGUAAUACGACGCAGCAGUAUGUGAGGUCAAUGGAACAAAAGCGCGCAGCUGAUUCGAAGCGUAAAAAACAAAAAGCUUUCAAGAAAUCACGUAAAAACAAGAAAAAACGCAAGACCCGAAAAACGCAUUCCAUGGAGGCACAAGAGGGGGCUACGUACGAAACGGGUAUUGGCCUUCAAGAAGACGACGGCGUUACAAACGGAACAUUGAACAAUCUAAGGGCGUCACUAACAAGGGAGGAAUUCCAUAAGUAUUCUGAGUACACUAUAGCAAGCCAGACAAGUACUACCACAAAUACAGUCUGCCAAGUGAAGAACGAAAUGAUAUUUGACUUGGAGACCACUGGUCUAGAUCGCAAUGCUGAAUUUCUUCAAAUAGCUUGCAUUCGACCAGACAGUACCGUAUGCUUCGAGCGUUAUCUUCUCCCUGAUACCAGAACAAUUGCAGACUCUGCUACCAAGAUACAUGGUAUCAGUGUGCAGUACAAAGAUGGUGGUAAAAUCAUGCAAAAGAACGGGCAAAACCUGAAGGCUACCGGACAAAGACAGGGACUUACAGAAUUUGUCGCGUUUUUGGAGAAAUAUCUA